UAUGAGGGAGCGUCUGCAGCUCGCGCAGUGCCAGCUGUCCAGUGUCCUCAGCUCGCGGAGACCGGAGAGACUGGCUCUUUUCAGAAAGUGGUGUAUUUGGGAAUCAGGUCGAAGGUGACAGAAUGUCUAACUCUGGCUCCAUGAGGAUCCUAAUUAAAGGAGGGAAGGUGGUCAACGAUGAUGUCACACAGGAAGCAGAUGUUUACAUCGAGAACGGGACCAUUCAGCAGGUGGGGCGGGAGUUGAUGAUUCCGGGCGGGGCCAAGGUGAUUGAUGCAUCAGGGAAGUUGGUGAUGCCGGGUGGAAUCGAUACCUCAGUCCACCUACAGCAGAACUUCAUGAACGCCAGGAGCCAGGAUGACUUCUACAGUGGCACCAAGGCGGCGCUGUUGGGCGGGACCACCAUGGUAAUUUCACUGGUCCUCCCGGACAAAGACAGCUCCCUGGUGGAGGCCUAUGAGAAGGUCAGGUCUCUGGCUGACCCAAAAACCUGCUGCGAUUACAGCCUGCACGUUGGUGUGACCCGGUGGGGGCCCAAGGUACGUGCCGAAAUGGAGUCCCUGGUGCGUGAACGAGGCGUGAACUCGUUCCAGAUGUUUAUGGCGUAUAAAGACACCCUGAUGCUGCGAGACUCUGAGCUCUACCAGUCCUUACUGAGCUGCAAGGACAUAGGAGCCGUGGCCAGGAUCCAUGCAGAGAACGGAGAGCUGGUUGCAGAGGGCAGUAAAGAGGCUUUGGACCUGGGGAUCAGUGGACCUGAGGGCAUGGAGAUCAGCCGACCUGAGGAGCUGGAGGCAGAGGCCACACAUCGAGCCAUCACCAUCGCUAACAGGGCCCACUGUCCAAUGAACCUGGUGAACGUGUCCAGUAUGUCGGCUGGUGAUGUCAUCGCUGCUGCCAAGAUGCAGGGUAAGGUGGUGUAUGGCGAGACGUCAGUAGCUCACGCUGUGCUCAGUGGCAUGCAGUACUACCACAAGGACUGGGCUCAUGCAGCCAAUCAUGUCCUAGCUCCUCCGCUCCGCCUUGACCCCAGCACACCGAAUUACCUGAUGGGGCUGCUGGGCAAUGACACUCUGAGCACGGUGGCGUCCGACCACCGUCCUUUCAGUACGAAGCAAAGGAGUCUGGGUAAAGAUGACUUCACUAAGAUUCCUCAUGGAGUGGCCGGUGUUCAGGACAGGAUGAGCGUCAUCUGGGAAAGAGGAGUGGUGGGCGGGAAGAUGGAUGAGAAUAGGUUUGUUGCCGUGACGAGUUCCAAUGCAGCUAAGAUCUACAACCUCUAUCCUCGUAAAGGCCGUAUCAUACCUGGAGCCGAUGCUGACCUGCUGGUGUGGGACCCAGAUCAAACCAGGACCAUCUCUGUGACAACCCAGGCACAAGGCGGAGACUUCAAUCUGUAUGAGGGCUUGCGUUGUCAUGGCGUUCCCUUGGUAACCAUCAGCCGCGGCCGGCUGGUGUGUGAGAACGGAGCAUUCAUGUGUGCAGAGGGUUCUGGGAAGUUCUACCCUCUACGCACCUUCCCAGAUUACCUGUAUAAGAAGAUGGUGCAGAGAGAGAAGAGUCAAGUGGUAAAGGGUGUGGACCGCCCUCCCUACUCGGGUGAGAUUGCCUCAGUGAAUAAUGGGAAGAAGGAGGCGGGGCAAGCAGAUGGGGACACGCCCCCUAGGGUCUGCGCCAGGGCCCACGUUGGAGUCAGAGAUCUGCAUGAGUCUUCCUUCAGCCUCUCAGGCAACCAGGUGGACGACCAUGUCCCAAAGAGGUCCUCUGCACGAAUCCUGGCCCCGCCCGGCGGCCGUUCCAGUGGCAUCUGGUAACCGUGGGAGAGCCAUGGCAACUGACAGUGUUUUUGUACAUUUCCAUGACAACCAGGAAAACUGCACUGAUUUUACUACCACAGGGUUAGAGAAGUACUGGUUACUAAUCGAUAGAUUGAUUGAUCAAAUUUACAAUGAAUUUUGCCAAAGUGAGUUUUGGAACCAAUGGGCUGGUUUCUGGCUGGAGAGAGGGAGGGAGAGAGGAAGAGAGAAUGGACAGGACUGUUGCACUUAAUAAUCUGAUGAGUUUAUCUAAAGUAAUAAAGAACACCUAAACCUUUUGUGAGAUCAAAGCAGUACAGUUUCUGAUUGGUUGAUUGUCUGUGUUACCUGAGGUAUUUAACCUAACAACCCACUCCCACACUAUGUUACACUCUGGUUUGUAACAGGCUUAGCCUGUGUGUUAUAACAUGUUCAAAAUCAUAUCACUGCUUCAGCACCCUAACCUUUAAUCACAGGGGUCAGAUGGGCCACUCUUCUAGCCAAUAGAAGAUGAGGGGCGGGGUGAGUCUGUUUAGGUGACGGCUGUUUUACCUUUUAAAGGGUUCAUCCACAGCUGCAUUAGUUGGACAUAUCCAUUCAUGAUUUGUAAACAUUGAUUAUUGAAGAAAUGUACCGAUAAAUACCUCAUGAGCAUCUUACCACUGUUGUACCCAAUCAGAACUUAACAUAUCAGCUUGUUUUACACCAGUGUUUGUGAACAAAGUAGACAAACAACGUAUAGCUUUAAAAAAUGGUCAGUUAUGGUUGGAUAAAGAAAGGAUGGUCAGUCCUUGCCAAAGUCCACAGCUCUGUCUUUAAAUUUGAGAGUGGUUACAUUUCUUCAGCCCUAUUCCUCAGCUUGUUUACAAAAAACUGAGGUGUGGUUAGCUUUAUUGUUGCUUCAACUGAUGAUUGCCUGUUUCGCCUCUCACCUCUCCUAUUUGCCCUAUAACCCCUGACCUCCUGUUUGUGUCUACCCACCCCCAACCAUGUUGUAUAUAAUUGUGGUUCUAUGUUUAUGGUUAAUCUGCUGUAUUUUUUAACUAAUGAAUUUCUGUGCCACCUGUCGAUUGCCUGGAAUGACACCACAGCACGAUCACUUGAAAUCUUUUACUGUUAUUAAGAUGUUUAAUAUUAAGAUGAGGAUGAAGGUGGGGUGAAUAAUAUGUUGGUGGUGCCUGUGAUGAAAACAGUGAUUAUUAUGACCUUGUUGGAUCAUGUGGAAAGCUGUGUGUCUGGUGUAGUUAAAAGCUCUGUGUAUAGUAUGGUGUUAAAAGCUCUUUGACGCUUUGGUGGUGUGAUGAUGUGAUGAUGUCAGUAUUGAUGGUGUCCUGGCGCUUGCUGUCUGUGAUCAGGAAUGACAACAAACAUAUUAAACAGACUAAUACUUUACA